AUGCCUCCCGAUAUAAACUCCCUCCCCCCUCCACGCUCAGUAUUUCGCUCUCCUAUACAGGUCCUCACCAAUGUGAAUUCGUCAGACUUAUCCCCUGGCCAAUCGACCUCUCCCCGUUCCCCCUCUGUGUCUCUCGCUGCUGCUGCUACCAUGAACGCAACGGACCGUUCAAGACGAUCUUCAACGAGUAUGAACCGUUCUCCGCAGGCAAACAGGGUGCACGAGCGCCGCAGGUCCAUUGUGCCAGUGAAUCUCAAUUUGAAUGAUCCGACUUUACCCGGCCCCGGUGAACUAUCCAGUAGUGAUCACCGUUCAUCUAUUGGAAGUGUCUACAGAACCCAAAGCCCAACCAGCAUCGCGGGAAACCCAAUAAUUGCCACUGGUGAUCCACACCACCAAAGAGCACCAUCUCUUGGCGAAAUACAUCAGGAGUUGGAGCAAGAACAGGAAGCGCAGGUGAACCGACUUCUACAAAUGAUUCGUUUACAGCAACAGCAACUCCAGAGACAACAACAGCAACACCAGCUGUCCGCCGCAUCAGGAACUGCCAUCGCUGACGAUUCCACACCACCAUCCGAACCCUACCCUUUAAUGCCCAUUUCACUACCGCCAUCCCGAUUCUCCACUCAAUUCCCAUCCAAUCUCUCUAGACGCCGUAGUUCCGGCCAUUCUCCUGCCCUCACGCCUCAGAAUAUAGACCACGAAACUGGCAUGUUUGUAGACUGGUCGACGGUGGGUGGAGAUAGCAACGGACGGCGUGGCAGCCGUGAUGAAGCUUCAUAUUACCAGGCAGAGACGGCAAUGUUAACGCGGGAAAAUCAAAUGCUGCGUGUGAGGAUUCGGGAAUUAGAACGCCAGGUUGCUGAGCUGAGUUCGUCGGCUGCACAUGCGCCUUCCACGGGAUCGCCUCUGUCCAUGUCAGAACCUGUACCCCCCACUCCAGUUGUAGCGGAAACAGUACCGCCGCCCCAAGCGCAGGAAGGCACAGGAGAUGUAGAGAAGUCUUGA